AUGGCUUCCUCAUCUCCCUUCAAGUACAACAAGCUCCAGGGCCGACGAGUCCUCGUCCUUGGUGGCUCCACCGGCAUUGGCUUUUGCGUAGCUGAAGCCGCCGUUGAACAUGGUGCCUUUGUUACAAUUAGCAGUUCCAACCAGACCAAACUCGACCAAGCCGUUUCUCGCCUACAGAGCCAUGCCAAGGCCGUUGGUGUUUCCCCUGAUAAUAUCACCGCCAAGACCUGCGACUUAUCCAACGAAGACACUCUGGACCAGAACGUCAUUGACCUCCUUGAGUUUGCCACCAAGAACGGCAAACUCGACCACGUCGCCUUCACAGCCGGCGACGCCUUGGUUCUUCCUAAACUGAACGAUGUGACCCCCGACCAACUGCGUAAGAGCAGCACCGUCCGUACCUAUGGAUCCAUAUUCGUCGCCAAGCAUCUCCCCAAGUAUAUCAACCAGAGCGUCCAGAGCUCAUUCACUCUUACUGGUGGUUCUGCAUCCUGGCGCCCCUCUGCAGCUUUUGCUAUCGUUUCUGGAUUCGGUGCCGGCAUCGAAGGCCUCGGCCGUGGGUUUGCCGUAGCCUUGAAGCCAGUUCGUGUAAAUACCGUCCAGCCUGGCGCGGUGCACACGGAAUUAUUCAGCGGUAUCCCUGAGGAUCGUCUUCCUGCUGUUUUGGAGAGUUUUAAAAAGGAAAGUGUUACUGGGACUGUUGGUACGCCCGAAGAAGUUGCUGAGGCUUAUGUUUACUUGAUGAAGGAUUCAUUUGCAACUGGUGGUGUGGUUGAGUCAAAUGGCGGACGACUGGUAGGCGAUUCGAAAGAUGAGUUUAAGUUUAGCUGA